CCAACACGCCGUGCACAUCGCCUUUGCUGCAGCCCCUGGGUGUGUUGCAGAUCUGAGCCUGCACCUGACGGAGCGUUGAGAAGUGGCUACUGGCUCAUCUGGUGUGUGAGUGGCUCACCGCGAGGAGUGAGUUGGUUUAGCACAUCGUCAUGGAUUCGACGCAGGUCGGUGAAUGACGAGCAGUGCAUUUCAAACAAAACGGACCUGCACAGAACUCAUGGAUCCCUCCGAUGUGUAUGUGUCUUUGGUGCAGCUUGUCGCGAAUGCCCAGUCUUUGAAGGCGGGCUGUCUUAAGCUGCGGGACGAGGUAGAUCAGGUAGGUACGAUGACCUUACACAGAUCAAUCACACGAAGGCCUUCAUCAGUGAAGCAAGCGCCGCGCGCUGUGUGUUUCCCGUCCGUCCGUCCGUCUGGCUUUUGCAGAUCAUCGCACAGGUGUCUCACGUCGAGCAGCACCAGGACUACAUCGCCACACAGGUAACUAACCGACACACACGUGGCCUGGCCACGACCUUGGAAUCGCUCUUGUCGGCUGUCUUUUGUGUGGCAUCACGUAGGCGGCUUCCCCGUCGGCAUCGCUGUUGAGUGAUCAGCUGGGCUCGAUGGCAUCUGUGGUGCGGGAGGCCACUGCCCAGCUGCAGCAGGGGCAUCCUAGCCUCGCCACGGCAGUGGCGGCACUCACACCGACCAGUGAGGCGGCGGCGGCGAGUGAGGACACCAACGCACAGCAGGUGAGGGGCAGACCAAAAGACACUCACCAUCAACGACGCUGACAUUUUGUAUGUGUGCUGUACGUACGUCACUGUGGCACUGCAGGUGUCCGUAGCCACCGGACCAUCAUACCGUCAGAUCCACUGGAGCGGCCAGACUCCACCCAUCGAUGAGAAACCGGUAGGAGUCACAAACGAUGAGUCUCACAUAUCAAACCAUCACCUGUGCGUCUUCUCGCUGUCUGCCUGUCACUCUAUAGGCCCGUCCUCUGUCCCGCGAGGAGUUGGCCAACGUCUUCGGCCACCUGCAGCCAUGGGAGCUGGCCCGCCUCCGACGGCACCUUGGCAAGGCCCUCUUCCACCUGUCGGCCGCCAGGUACACCCACCUGACCAUCAGCUGUGAGGACGCUGAGGAGCGACGGCUGUGGGCGGCCAUGCCACUGGCCACCGCACACAAGUGGGGCCGGCGGAUGACGCAUUUGAAGCGUCUGAGGGUCCGCGCUCCAUUCGACCGGCCUGGCUGGUGUCUGGGUAAGUAUGCGCACCCACCAGUGCAGCAUAAGUGCAGGUCUCACUCACCUUUCUGUGCUAUCGUGGAUGCGUUCUGUCAGGACAUGUGGUCUCCAUAACUGAAGGCCAUGCCGACGGGCGGGCGGCGCUGGCGGCGAAGCAGCAGCAGCAGCAUCAGUCGGCGGAGAGGGAGGCGAGCGGCGGCGUGGCCAUCUCGACACAGACCGGUGACGACGGCACGCUAGAGGAGCUGUCAUUCGAGAGCGUGCUGAUCCCGACCCCUCCCCCCACCCCUGCCCCCCUCCCGGCCCCCUCGCCCAUCAAGACCAUCACUCUCCCCGUUCUCACGACCGUCACUGCCGUCCCGCAGGAUGUCGCCCGCAUCCGCACGGACCGCUCGUGGCUGACGCCCAAUGUCGCCACCCUCACCUUUGAGCGGCAGGUGGACACAGAGGCAGCCAAGGAGUGGGUCAAGGGCUGCAAGGGGCUUAAGGCGAUGGGGGUUCUGUCGGUGGGGGCGACUGAGGAGGUGCUGCGCGGCCUGCCCGAGGACGGCAAGUCCCUCUCGCGGCUGCGGUCCCUCGGAGGCAUCGAGCUGUGGUCGGCCGACGCUGACGCCAUCGGCCGGCUGCGCGAGACACUGGUGGCGCGAGGGGCCAAGGGCACGCUCGACUUCAGCUCACUGGACAUCAUUCCGCCGCGACAGCCGAGUGUGGACGAUUAUCGCCGGAUGAACGACGAGUAUCGCCGGAUGACCGGAGACCGCGAUAGGAUCGAGGAACUGGCAAAGCUCACGUAAGCACGGCAACGGGGGGAUCAGAGAGGACAGUAAGACUGGCGGAUGUGUCUGUCUGGUGCUGUGUGUGGCAUUCAUUCAGGGCCGACGUGGUGGAUGCUGAUGCCCUGGAGCAGCCCAUUCGCCGCUGCCGUGGCGGCAUCGGUCGCAUCGCUGCCGGGCUGGUGACCUGGGCACACAUGCACCGCUGCCCCUGGGUGCGCUACAUCGUCAACUACCUGGCCAGCGUGGCGUCGAGAGUGGUGGUAUCGGGGGAUGAGGGGACGGCAGCGACCAUCACCAGCGACACAUUCCCGACGACCUUCGCCAUCGAGGUCGCAGCGGGCGCCCUCACGACGGCAGAGAAGCGCGCGGCAGCCGCCAGCAUCGCCUCCGUCAUGCCGAAAUUGGGAUGGGCGGUGGUGGGCAGUGAUUCAUCGCCGUUGACAUCCGCUGUCGGUGUGGUGGACUUCCUGACCACCCUUAAGUCGACCAUGAACAUCACCGAGGGUGCACCAGGGGAGAUAUCGCUCCAGCUGCACGUGUCGUCGGCAGCGGUGUCGAGUGCUGCGGAGCUCAGUGGGUGGCAGCUGGGGCGGCGUGCGGCCGAUAUGCCAUCCACGAGGAACGUUCAAUUCACUGUUCACGGUAGGCCUCAGUCAGUCGUGUGACUCGAUAGGUGUAUGUAUGUAUAUAUGGCGGGAUCUGUGUGUGUGUCACGUUCAGGUGACGUGGAUGACGGCGAGUGUGGCGCGCUCCUCUGCAAUGCCAUCGCCAUCCUCACGUCGUGCACACGACUCAAGGUACGUCAGCCGAGCAGCAGAUCCGAGGGACGCUCUCAUGUGCCACUCUGUCCGUUUGGUUCGUUCGUUGCAGGACGUCGAUGAUGUGACCAUGUGUUUCCAGAGCGUCAGUCUCGCCAGCAAGAUGAGCCAGUGGUGGGAGCGUUUCCGACCCGAAGCGCCUGAGGGGUUCGACACGGAGUUUAGUUGGCCGUCUCUGACUUUCCGCCGCCGCAGCCCAUCAACAAAGUGAACACAGGUACGCACCGAAGAGCACUGACAGACAGACAGACAGACACAUGGCCGGCCCCAACAGCAUGUCUGCUGUGCUGUGCUGUGGUGUGUCCCUGUUGCUAUAUCGAUGUCAGCGAUGAGCGGCCGGCCUGCGGUUGGUAGUGUAGAUGCCCGUUGAUUGGCUCUCUCUCUCUCUCGCUCGCUCUCUCUCCCUCCCCCUCUCUCUCUCUCUCCCCCCCCUCUCUCUCCCCCACCCCUCUCUCUCUCUCUCUCUCUCUCUCUCUCCGUGUGCUGCAUAUAUGUACGUGUGUACGUUUGGUUUGGUGGGCAGUGACUGGCUGGCGGGCACUCACAUGAGUGAGAUACUCACACCAUCCACCACCCACGCAUCUCAUGAGAGGAGGGAGGGAGGGACGGAGGGAGGGAGGGAGGGGUCUGUGUGCUGACUGACACAUUGACUGACUCGGUGGGUAGCUCACACAGGGGGGGCGGGCGGGGCUGUAUAUAACCACUGCGUAUCUUAUGUUGCCAUUCGGUGCGUGCACGUAUACCGUAUGUAUUUGUCGCCCAGGCUGAGCUGCCUGUGCAUCGGGCGGCCGCCAGGGGUCGGUGCGUGGGUUCAUAUGCAUCUGUCGAUAGCAGUGAGGGCGGCUGGGCGGGGGAAACGUGUUCCUGGCUGUUUGCCAUUUAUUUGACUCGACGGACGGACGGGUUGAUGGAAUGCGAGCAGACAGACAGACCAUUGCAAUUUUGAGCUGGCAUGCAAGCGGCCUGCAGUCACCGUACUCACGAGCUCGCCUCUUUUCGUCUCAUCUUUUUUGUCUCUCUCUCUCAUUUUUGUGCGUGUAAGUGGUCGUCAUGUCGAGCGGCCGGACACCCAUCUGUCUGUCGGCAUGAUGAACCAUCCGGUGCGUUUUAAGUCGUGCAGAGGGAGGCUGGGUGGCGACGGAUAAAUGACAUGCAUUGACUCUGCGUAGCUGCCACAUUGCAUUGUAUGUAUGCGCGUGUUGGCCUGUUCCUGUCGGCCAAGCACACGGAUGGCCGGCAGUGAGCACACAGCACUGCUCCGCACCACGUGUCUGUACGGGCAGGUCUGUGGUGUCUGUCUGUCUGUCUGUCUGUGUGUCCACGGCUUUUCGCUAUCGGCCACGAAUGGGGCCGUCCGUCCGUCUCACGACAGACCAACAAGCUUGGUUGGAUGCACUGCACCAGCGGCAGGCCGUUUGUGUGCAUUCAGGUAUGUAAUCUACGCACGAGUUUUGGGCAAGAAGGGAUAAAGGAGGCCUGUCGGUCGGUCAUUCUUGAGUGUGGGGAAAAAGAACAGGGGUCUCUCGCUUUGCCCUCGUUUGUCCCUUCACAGCUUGUCUGCUUGUCUGUCUGGCUGCCUGCGGUUUCCCCACCAGCCGUGUCGUGUGUUGGUCGAUGCUGGCUGAUGGGUCAUGAGGUCGAUGGAUGAAUGGAUGGAUGGAUGCGUUUCGACAUCACGCAUACGUACAUCUAGAGACGAUGAUCUGCGCGUGUCGUUGCAUCUGCCUCCCUGCCUAUAUGUGCGUGUUUCCUGCUCGUACUCUGACACGACGGCUGAGUGUGAGGACACGGAUGCAUUGAAACAGGCGCAUCAACGAC